AUGCAGCAGCGGCAGCGGAGAUAUCACCAGAGGUCGAGGAACGGUUGCCAACAAUGCAAAACAAGGCAUGUCCGCUGCGAUUCGGGGAAACCUGCCUGUGAAAACUGCAGGCGGAUGGGGGUCGGACGGGGCGAGAGUGCACGUCUUCUACACCAGCUCUCGCCUGAGUCACUUCGAGCGUCCGAGCCGAGCAUGACCACUCCAACGCCCGCGCGUCCUCAUUGCCAGCAAGAGAUUGAAUAUCCGCGCACCAUCAGGGGAUUAGAGACGGAGGCGAGUGAAAGCAGAUGGGGUGCUGAUCUCCCACAUGUAAACGAGGAGACUCGUCUAGGCUCCUUCAUAGAUAUCGCAAGCAGGGAUAUGACCAUCUGGCCUCAGUCGGGCUUCAUCUACGAUGCCCUCCCGCAAGCUUCUGCCGCUUUGCCACAACUAGCAAGCUCUGUUUGUCAGCCGCAGGAUCCUGGGGCACGAAGUAGCCGCCAGGGACAAGAUGGCUAUCAGACGCACGCGCAUCUGCCCUGCGCUUGCCCUCAACAGCCGGACUUUGGACUCGGCAUGCGAGCAACUGCCGGCGAGAUAACAGAAACUGCCGUCGACAGCCGCAUCAAUGAGAUGCGCAGCCCUCUGCCGAUGCCAGAUGACGAGCUCCCAAUGAUGCUGCUCCAACACCCGAUCCUCAACGAAGUCGAACCACUUCCGGAUGCCCAAAAGCAAAACGUCGCGAUAUGA